CAAUAAACACCGGUUUUUCAACAUAACCUAAAUAAUCAAAUAUAUUGUAUUGUUUUUAUCUACUCGUUAUCUCUCUUCUAUCUAUGUAGUAUUAUUUUACGGCUGUUUACACUAAUGAUUCAAUAAAAUUAUUUACUGUACACUUUGUGUUGUCUGGUUUGCAAAUUUUGAAAUGUCUCAAAGAUCCCGAAGUCGAAAAUCGCAAAGAAGCCUAUCGCAGGCAUCACAUGAAAAUGUGGCUAAUACGGAAGAAACUGCCCACAAUGUAGUGAGGUAUAUAAUUCUACGUGGUGGAGAACAUAUGCGUUUUUCUCAGUCAGAACUUAGACGAAAUGUAAUUAGCAAAUUUGGUGGUAAACAUGAGGAAGUUGUUGCUAAAGUCCGGGUAAUACUGAAGAAAGUAUAUGGGUAUAAUAUAAUGGUGUGUGACGCUACAAAAGGCAAGGAAAAACACUAUAUUGUUAGCAAUGCUUUGCCUUACAUCAAUGAUCCCAUGGAGAACCCUGAUGAAACGCCGAAAGAUAUUUCCAAAGUGUUAAUACUACUCAUUUUAUCACAUAUUCUAAUGUCCAAAAAUGAGGUCACAGACGUUUCACUUUACUCAUUUUUAAAAUCAGUCGGCAUAGAUGUUGAAUUACAACAUCCACUUUUUGGCAAUGUCAAAGAAUUUGUUAAUAAAACUCUCGUUAAGAAACAGUUCUUGUCGUCAGAAAUUGAUGUCACCUCCAGAAGGCAAACGUUUAAUUGGGGUCCAGCAGCUGAAAAAGAAAUAUCUAAGAUGGCAGUAUUAGAGUUUGUAUGUAAAAUUUAUAAGGCUGGUCAACCAAAAAACUGGGGAUAUCAAUUCCAACUUGCCACUGAACAGGAAUUUGAAAAUGAUUUGGAAACUCAACCUGUGGCCAUGGGCACGGAAGAAUAAUAAUAAACUUAAAAUGUUUCGUUAUUUUGUGUUAAUUUAUUUAUAGAUAAAAAAAGUGAAAAUAACUGUCUAAAUUUGUACAAUAUAUUGAUUGAAGACAA